CAAAACGGGACAAAUGUGUGGUACGUGUGAGGGAGUAUACUAGCUAUUUACUUAUUUAUGUUUCUCAAAGAUAGCAACUGUUGACUUAGCCAACCCCGGACUGUGGUCAUAAUGGCUGACUACUGGAAGUCCCAGCCAAAGAAAUUCUGCCAAUACUGCAAAUGCUGGAUUGCUGACAACAAACCAAGUAUCGAGUUUCAUGAAAGAGGAAAAAACCACAAACAAAAUGUUACUGCCAAAAUCGACGAGAUUAAGAAGAAUAGCAUUGAAAAAGCCAAACGGGAGGAACGUAUGUCCAAGGAGUUUGCAGCCAUGGAGGAGGCAGCCAUGAAAGCGUUCCAGGAAGAUCUGAAGCGGCUGGAGUCUGAAUCAGGUGUUCCUGAGGCUCCAAAAAAGAAGCAAGAACCACAGGCAGCAGCUGCUAGCAGUAAACAAUUAGAAUCUUGGGUCAAAGGUGUCACUGAUGAUGGAUUUACCUACUACUACAACACCCUGUCUGGGGAGUCCCAAUGGGAUAAACCAGAAGGGUUUAAAGAGGGAAAAAAGAAAUCAAGAGAAAAACAAGGUGGAAGUAAGUACUCUAAAGGGUCUCCAUGGAUGGAAGCCCUGAGUCCUGAUGGAUACACCUACUACUAUAAUACAGAAACUGGAGAGUCCAGCUGGGAGAAACCUGCAGACUAUGUUCCCCAGGUAGCAGGCAGUAGCAGUGAAGACAGCAGGGGACAGGAGGACCUACCAUCCCCUCAGCCAGAGCCUCUGUCAGGGGAAGAGAACAGCUCUGGGGCAGCCUCCAGUGGAGCAGCCUCUAGCGGAGCAGAGUCUGAAGAUCCCAAAGAGCCCAAGGUCCCAAAGAUCAGCUUCCGAAAAAAAAAAGAAGAGAAGCUGCCAACAUCUGAACAAAAGGAGGACAAUAAAGAUGAAGAUAAAGACACCAAUGGUAGUAACUCUGAGAAUGAGGAUAAAGACAAAGGAGGGAGCCAGGCUGCUCCACAAGUGGAGAUUCCAGCAAAAAAAUCAAGGAAAAUGAACCCCUAUGGGGAGUGGGAGCAGAUUCAGAAGGAGGACGACCCAUAUGAGCAGGUGGACUUGCAGCUGCCCCAGGUAGAAAGUACAGAGGAAACCACAGGAGCUUCCGAGGUACCUGCUGAGCCGAAGGUCAAGUUCAAGGAGCGCGCCAUCACCUCCCUGGGGGAUGAGGGCGAUGCGGGAGCAGUCUUUAGGAAGAGAAAGCUGGAUAAUGGCAAGUCCAGGAGUCUCCGGGAGAGGGGAAAAGACGACUAAGACUGCUGAAUUCAGUUUUUACUGUGGAUCCGUGGCUUCCAGCUCGAACUCUGUUGACAACGUUUGAAUGGGCUGAGUGCGGUGUCUUUUUUUUUUUUUUUUUUUAUGGACUUCAGCUUCACCAGCUGGUCUAUCAGAGAGCCCCAUUUUUCUCACUUCAGCGCUUGUUGAAUCA